UUAGAACUGUUUAUUGGAGUGUUUGGUAUUGUGGCAUGCAGACUUUACGCUACCCGAACGCACUAAACAAAGUUCUGCAAAGAGGUUUACAGCGCAGUGAUUGUUUUCACUUGUUCAACAUUUUGAAGGUUGGAUCAAAACCGAUGGAGACGCCAGGAGUUUGUGAGAUUGAGCUGCCCAACAGAAGAAUAGUGAGCGGCAGUGAAUCCCCAACUGAUCUGGAUAGUCCAUGUCAGGAGGAGGUUCCAGGGUUUCAUUUAGGUCUGUGUGGGCCUGAGGAAGAGAGAGGGGAAACCCCGGGCAGAGAGGACAGUCCCAGUGACCUGGGGGAGGCGGAGCUUGAUCCUGGAGGAGACUCCAAGGCUGGAGACGACAAGGCUUUUGGAAAGGAGGUUGUACUGCUGAUGCAGGCGCUGAAUUCUCUUGCCACGCCUGAAGAGAAACUGGCAGCACUGUGCAAAAAAUAUGCAGAUCUGCUGGAGGAGAGCCGCUGCAUGCAGAAACAGCUGAAAGCCCUGCAGAAGAAGCAGUCUCAGAUUGUCAAGGAGAAGAUCCACCUGCAGGGAGAACACAGCAAAGCCAUCCUGGCCCGCAGCAAGCUGGAGAGUCUCUGCAGAGAACUCCAGAGACACAACAAGACACUGAAGGAGGAGAACGGCCAGCGGUCCAGAGAGUAUGAGGAGCAGCGGAAGGAGGCCAUGCUGCACUUCCAGAUGACUCUGGGUGACAUUGAGGUGCAGAUGGAGCAGCACAGCUCCCACAACGCCAAGCUGAGGCAGGAGAACAUGGAGCUGGCCGACAAGCUCAAGAAGCUCAUUGAGCAGUACGAGCUCAGAGAGGAGCACAUAGACAAGGUGUUCAAACACAAGGAACUGCAGCAGCAGCUAAUGGAUGCCAAGCUGCAAAGAAUCACUGAGAUGAUGAAAGAAGUGGAGGAGAAGCAGCAGCGGGAGAGAGAGUUUCUGCUGAAGGACGCCACAGAGUCCAGGCGCAAAUGUGAGCUGAUGAAAGAGCAAGAAUCUCAGUUGAAACAACAGCUCUCCCUGUACAUGGACAAGUUUGAAGAGUUUCAAAGCACUUUGGCGAAAAGUAAUGAAGUCUUCACCACCUUCAGACAAGAAAUGGAGAAGAUGACAAAGAAGAUCAAGAAGCUGGAAAAGGAGACAACGCAGUGGAGGACCAAGUGGGAGAGUAACAACCAGGCGCUGCUGCAGAUGGCCGAGGAGAAAACGCUGCGUGAUGGGCACUUCAAGGCUCUGCAGGGGAAGCUGGAGCUGCUGGAGCGCCUGUGCAGAGCUCUGCAGAAGGAGAGGAACGACCUGAGCAACCAGCUGAGCCUCCUUCAGGAGCAGAGGGACAAGGGGCCGGUGCCACCUGGCUCCGAUCAGCACGAGGCCUUAGCCAUGGAGGACAAGGAAGACAAAGAGGAAGAUUCUGAAGAUUUGGUGCACGAUGGAGAACUGGAGGCGGGCGAGGAGCCCCCGCAGCAUGCUGCUGAUAAAACCACUACUACUGCAGCAACAACACCGACCAGGCUGCUGGACUGAAGCUGCUAUGGGGCAGUCUGAAACAUUACCAUUACUAAAGAUUUACCCUUUCACAAUUGUAAACUAUAUCUUUUUGAUCUUUCUGUGUUUUUACACUUUGCUCAAUAAAAUUAUUGUAUGAAGAAUUGCCACAUUUCUAAGGCGCUGUGCAGUGAGCUGUGAGCAAAGCCCUUUCCUCCACCAGUCAGGCUGAGUUGGGCCUGGAGCAUAUCAUUCCAGCAGACUGCAGUACGGGGUGGGGGUUGACUGCCUUUCUGUUUAAUCACAACAUAUUUUCCUCAAAGCUUCUGCUCCCUGAAAAUAUGACUUGCAGAUAAGGGCCACUAGAUGUUUGAAGAGCAUCAAAUAGUUGAGCUAUUUUUCUAAGUCACAUUCUCAUUUGUAUUUUUCAAGGAAAGUUCCUUUAAAAUCCAUCAUAUGGAGUUCUAACAGGUGUUUAGGGUUUCUUUUGGUGCCAACCAGUCAGUUGUAGUUGGUGUGAAUGUAUCAUGAUGUGGUCUGUCUGCUUUAGUCUUCCUGGCUUUAACCUGGCCAUCUGCUGUCUGCUGCCCCCAGUGGAUCAUUUAGGAACCAUCCAUCCAUCCAUCCAUCCAUUUUCUGUUCACCCUUGUCCCUAAUGGGGUCAGGAGGGUUGCCGGUGCCUAUCUCCAGCUACGUUCCGGGCGAGAGGCGGGGUACACCCUGGACAGGUCGCCAGUCUAUCGCAGCAUUUAGGAACCAUCUCCAGUGAAACUCAGGGUCAUCCUAUCCUAAGUUUUUCUACCGGCUAGAUAACCAGUAUUAUUCAUUGUGACCAUCUCUGUCUGUCUGUCUUCAUCAAGCUUGGCCUUUAAAGCACUCCCAGGAAGCCUGAAUAAACAGCACUGCUGUCACUCAGGCAGAUAUUUCCACAUUUUACAAGAUAAAUUUUGAAAUAUCUGAGACCAAAAUGAGAUGUGAAGGGUUCCUCUCCCACCCGAUCCUGCAGAUUCUUUAGAGUGCAUAGAGGCCAGUUUUAACAGGUCAUUGGUGUGAAUUAUGUUUGAAACGUUGACAUCCAACCAUGUCAGAUUUGAUCUUGGAAGAGAAGAUGGGAUUUGCUUUUUUGGAGAGUUUGAAUACAGCUGCACUGUUGGGAACAAUUAAGGGCUCUGAUGCGGGUCUGGCCUCUUCAGUGAGUCUACACCUUAAGUGAAUGUAGGAAGUAGCAGCAGGUGCCAGCUUGACUGCAGUCAUUGGGGAGGAUUGUACUACUGACCCUUCUGGGUUUUCUUCACUUGAAAAUUAGAUUUGUCACUUCAUCUCAUUAUUUGCACAUCUUAUGGUAAUCAUUGUUCUUUUCCAUAAGCUUCAGCAGCGAGAAAGCAGCUGUUACCAUGCAAUGUGCCCUGUCCUGUUUUACUGUAGCACUUACUUCACAUGUUGUAGUCCUCUAGCUCCAGGCUGACCCCAGAUCUGCCUGGCUUCUAUUUUUGGCAUAAAAAAGUAGCGGGACGGAUAUGGAUGUAGUCCAGGCGACAUAAUUAAGAUUGUAAGUGUUGCAUAGCAGUGAAUGUGUAAGAUGGCAGUCUGUGCACUUUGACCUUUGCCCACCUUUCUAAGCCACUCUUCGUGCCGAGUUGAAAUCAGAGAAAACUAAAUGUUGACCAGCAGGCGGUGAGGGUUUCCACCCCUGGCUGAGCUGCAGACAACUUGACCUUAGCAUUGCCCCAGAAUGACUCGGGUCAUAUCAGAAUCUACCUCUGUGGGCGGGGCCAUGAGUCAGCAAACUGACUGCUUUUAUUUUUACCACCUUGUAAAUGUAAAAUGUUCUAAGGCUGUCAUGCUUUUCAAUAAACAUUUUGUAGGA